AUGUACAGACGAACCUCCAACAUGACUGGUUUCAGUUAUCCUCCAAAUGUCAUCACUGUUCUCAAGCAUGUAGACAUGUGGUCCUUUGAUGUUUUUGCAUUGAAUGAUGCCAGCGGAGACCACGCUCUGAAAUUUGUCUUCUAUGAACUACUCACCAGAUACGACUUGAUCAAUCGUUUCAAGGUCCCCAUCUCUGCCCUCAUAUCAUUUGUGGACUCGUUGGAGGUGGGCUACAGCAAAUACAAGAACCCCUACCACAACCUGAUGCAUGCUGCCGACGUCACACAGACCAUCCAUUACUUCCUUCUCAAGACUGGCAUAGUGCACUGGCUAACUGAGUUGGAAAUCUUUGCCAUAAUCUUUGCAGCUGCCAUCCAUGACUUUGAACAUACAGGGACCACCAAUAACUUUCAUAUUCAGACCAGGUCAGACACCGCCAUGUUGUACAAUGACCGAGCCGUUCUGGAGAACCACCAUGUCAGUGCUGCCUAUCGCCUUCUACAGAACGAUGACGAAAUGAACAUCCUCUCUAAUCUUUCCAAAGAUGACUGGAGAGAGCUGCGGACUCUGGUAGUGGAGAUGGUGCUGGCCACUGACAUGUCGUGCCACUUCCAGCAGAUCAAAGCCAUGAAAGGCCUUUUGCAACAGCCUGAGGCGAUUGACAAACCAAAGGCCUUAUCCCUGCUUCUGCACACCGCUGACAUCAGCCACCCAGCCAAACGCUGGGAACUUCAUCACCACUGGACCACAUCCCUACUAGAGGAGUUCUUCAGACAGGGUGAUAAAGAAGCAGAGCUGGGUCUACCUUUCUCUCCUCUCUGUGACCGCAAAUCCACCAUGGUGGCCCAGUCCCAAAUCGGAUUCAUCGACUUCAUUGUGGAGCCAACGUUCACCGUACUGACGGAAAUGAUCGAGAAGAUUGUGACGCCGCUCAUCGAGGAGGCGUCUCGCUCUGGAUUGACGGGCUUCAGGCACUCUAGUAUCAACAGUAUUAGUGGCAGUGAUGGCAAACAUUCCAGUGUGAAGAGUACAGGCUCAGACGGCAGCUGCUCUCUGACCACAGUGGACUUCAAAAGCUUCAAGGUCACAUGGAACCAAGAGAUUCAUCACAACAGAGAAUUAUGGAAAGCCCAGGCAGCUAAAGAUGUAAAGAUCAGGAAGGAGGGAGAGGAGGAUGGUCAAAAAAAGAAGGAAACAGAAGAGGAGAAAAAGCCAAGAACUGUUGACGGAGCCAACACGGGACAGGAGGAGGCGGGGGACAGGCCGCAGCAGGAGGAGCAACAGCCUAAAAAGGGGGAAGGAGACAAAAAUCCAGGAAGGGCUGUGGGUUCCUUGCAGGGAUCAGACCCAAAUGACGCAGACAAGAGGAAACCUGAGAGCCACACAGAUAAGCAGCAGCGGCAGAGUCAGAAUGACCCUCAACCUGACUGUCCUCUAAUCCAUUGCUACAAGAGACCCAGCUACUGUGCCAGCUCCUACCGGCUGGUCAGGUCAAAGGUCACUGAGAUGCGGCCCAUCGAUGCCAGAGGAAAAGCCAGGAGACUGCAGCGCAUCUCCCUGCGUCGCAGAAAGUGACCGUAUAGUAUACUGGAGAGUUCAACAUCAGUAUGAUGUCACAUCACAAAAUACUCCUGCAUGAUUGUCUCUCUUUAUAUUUGCAUAUUGCAGCCUUAUAUUCCAGCUGAUCUUGCUGCUGCCCUCUGCUGGUGAUGUCUUUCCCCUUUAUCACUGCCAUCUCCUUUCUCUUUGUACAGUGGUUAGCACUGUCCCCUCACAGCAAGAAGGUUCCAGGUUCAAAUCCUGUGUCAUCCUGGGCUUUUCUGUGUGGCGUUUGCAUGUUCUCCCUGUGCCUACGUGGGUUCUGUCCAAGUUCUCCGGCUUCCUCCCACAGUCCAAAGACGUGCAGGUCAGGCUAUUUGGUAACCAUUUCAGAUGAGCAGUAUAGAUGAUGAAUGGAUGGAUGGAUGGAUUUAUAUUUUAUUGUCUGUGGGCAUACCCAUUGCUUGUACUGCUUGACCUCCUCUCCCAGCCAGGUGUGAACAUUUAUGUGCUCUUUUAUCUA